AUAAGGUUCCACAAAGGGAGCGUAGAUACCGGAAGUGUUUGUAAUUUUAUACUUAUUUGAAUUAGAAACGUGAAUUUACAGGUACAGUUAAGGUGUCAGCUUGUUUCUACUGGCUAAUGUUCACACACUUUGAGCCUUAUCAUGAUAUUUUUUAAAUUUUGUUUUGCGUAAAAUAUCCCAAUAGGAGUGUGAUCUGUAACUUUUACACAGAACAGUGCCCUUACUAGUUUAGUGUACAUGGAUGUGUAUUAGAACACAGCCGCCGUCUGGAGCCGCUGCAACAGGAAAAGGGGGCGGGGAGGAAGAGGGAACAAGGCCACGCCCAUUUCGUCCACAGCAGCCGCGCGCGCCGUCUGGGAAUAACGGUACAAGCCUGAAGAGUCGCGCGCGAGCCGUUAGGAAUAACGGGCAAGUUCACGAGCGCGAACGUUAAAGCGGAAAUCCUGCAUAUUAACGCCGUUUUUUUACUCUGAGGAGUGAAGAUGGAUGAUUUGGGAGAGCCUGACUCGUCUAACUACCCUCUCAGUCCCCGUAUUGUCGUGUUUGAUGCUCUCCUGGCCGAUCUGGAAAGCUCUGCUUCUCCUCUCGCUCGGUGCCCUGUCCUAUUGACCUCUGACCCUCCAGUGACCUCUGACCCCUCACCCACAUGCAACCAAGACGCCGCUCAGAACCGGCCUCCUCCGCCUGCAUACACACCUCAGCAGACAGUUUCAGCUGCCAUGAAGUCCAACGGCUCUCAGAACCCAGACAAGCUUUACAGCACGGUGUGUAAGCCUCGUUCUCCGCGCUCUCCUGACCCUCCUCCUGCGUUCUCGUCCUCAUCGGUGUUGGGUGGAGGCCUGAGUGAACUGGACCACCUGCUGCAGGAGCUCAACGCCACGCAGUUCAACAUCACCGAUGAGAUUCUGGCUCAGUUCCCUACGACUAAGAAGGAAGACAAGGACAAGGAGAAAUCAGGAAAGUCGGCUCCCUCCACUGGGUCAGUGAAACCCUCCGCCACUUCGGCCACUCUGGAACUGGACAAACUGAUGGCAUCUCUGUCAGAUUUCCGUGUGCAGAGUGUGCCGGCAGCUCAGGCCAAUCCUGCACCUGUGCAGCAGCCAGUGUCCCCGCCCCCGGCGUCCUCCGGCGGCUCACUGGACAGUAUGCUGGGCCUCCUCCAAUCAGAUCUGAGCAGGCAGGGAGUGUCCACUUCGUCCAAGGGAAACUGCUCCGCCUGCCAGAAACCGAUUGUGGGACAGGUGGUGACGGCACUGGGGCGGGUGUGGCACCCCGAACACUUUGUGUGCUCGGAGUGUGAAUGUGAACUGGGGAACCGUAACUUCUUUGAGAAGGACGGGCGUCCGUACUGCGAGCCGGAUUACUUCAGCCUGUACUCGCCUCACUGCGCACACUGCAAUAAACCCAUCCUCAAUAAAAUGGUCACAGCUCUCGAUAAGAACUGGCAUCCCGAGUGCUUCUGCUGUGUGAAGUGCAGCCGGACUUUCGGAGAUGAAGGGUUUCAUGACCGUGAGGGACAGCAGUACUGUCAGCAGUGUUUUCUGGCGCUGUUUGCGUCGCGUUGUGAAGGCUGCUCUCAGCCCAUCGUGGAGAAUUACAUCUCCGCCCUCAACGCCCUGUGGCACCCGCAGUGCUUCGUCUGCAGGGAGUGUUUCAGCCCUUUUGUGAACGGAAGCUUCUUCGAGCACGAGGGCCAGCCGCUGUGUGAGGCGCACUAUCACCAGUCUCGCGGCAGCGUGUGUCAGGCGUGCCAGCAGCCCAUCGUAGGACGCUGCGUCACCGCCAUGGGUGCUAAGUUCCACCCGCAGCACCUAGUGUGUCAGUUCUGCCUUAAACCUCUGAGCAAAGGCUGCUUCAAGGAGCAGGACAACAAGCCCUACUGCCACCCGUGUUUCCUCAAGCUCUUCGGCUGAAUUUAAAACGGGGAUGUCCAGUACAUUCACCAUAGGAAGCUUUACAAAGUCAAUAUUAUCUUGCAUCUUUUAUCCUUAUUUAAAAAUCAGUAAUGUGCAAAAGAACAAAAACAAGUGCAAUUUUAUAGAGUCAAGUCAUAUCCAAAAAAAAAGCAUUUUUAUAAAAUGAGGAAGUGCUCCAAACACAUUUCAGUGAUGCAGAUAUGCAACAUGGAUGACCCUGUUAGCUAUGUUUACAUGCACACAAUAGCCCAAUGGUAUUCUUAGACAGAAUGAAGAAACAAAGUUGAGCCUGACGCAGUGAUAUUUCUCAACAGUAUAUUCGGAACCCAUGGAAGUUUGGUUAGCAAUUGAUGCUAAGUGGAAUUAUGUUGGGAUUUUAGCCGGGCAGAGUCUUUUUUAUAAUAAUUUACCAACACAUCCGAGUAAAAUGUUGCUAUUUCCAACAGGUUCGUCCCAUUUUCAUUGUCAUUGUGCCUUUACAUUAAUAGCUAAUGGCUACAUGUCAGCUAGCAUUUCCGUUAAAAUGUCAGUGAGGAUGUCCAUUCUGACUGGUUGCCUAGCGACUGUGUUUUUGUGUGUUUGAUGUCCCGUGUCGUAAGCAGGAAUGAUUUAUUUCCAUUUUAUCACAGUAUAAUGUUGGACUAUUGAUGUGCAUGUAAAUAUAAUUAUAGAGGCUGAAGGAUUAAACACACACACACACACAGCUAUUAUUUAAUACAGUGAACAUUCCUAACAUGUAGCAUGGCCUAAGCAAGUAAGCAUGUGCCGAUGUUAGAUUUAGCCGUCAUGCUAACUGCUAACCUUUACUACCUAUUCAGACUCAUUAUUUAAAUAACUACCUGGACGUGAAGCUUCUUGCGCAACAUUUGUGACAUUUAUUUACCUGAAAUCACUCAUUACCUUCUUAGCUAUGAUUAAAAACACAAGAAUACUGUGACCUUAUAAGCUAACACUAGCUAGCUGUUAGUGAAAGCGGAAGCUGCAGGAGUAAUUAUAGUUAAUUCCUAGUCUAAGGUUAUCUAGCUUAAUAAGUCUAGGUGUUUAAAAUCGAAAAAGAAGUGAAGUGCCAAACACAACCAGCUAAAGCUAACUAAUGCUUAGUCUUCCAUCAAAUUAUGUUAACUAGUUCAGGUUUUUAAAUACACUUGGUUUAUUUUUAAGCACUGAUUAUCGGCACAUGCCUACAUGACGGCCAUGUGAACAGCCAAAGCUUUCAUUUCCUGACAUAUUAAAAAAAUAAAUAAAUGAAGUAAACCCCUCAUCACUUGCUGACAAUCACCAGCUGUCUUAUUUAGCUUUACAGAAAAAAAGAAGUGCUCAUUUACAUAAAUGAUUUCCAAAGAUCCUUUUGUUCUUACUAUUUGGAUUAAAUAUAAACUUAAUUUUGUUUCUUUAAAAAAAAAAAAAAAUCAGAGAAACAAGAAAUGAUUUCAGUCUAAUAUAUUUGCUUUAUGCAGCUUAUAGUCACUGCUAUUGCAUAUGUGGUUAUAGAUUUUCAUAUUUUAAGUCUGUGUCUUUUUUUUAAAACGUGAUGAUAUGAUAUACUGCCAAAGAUUUAUCUUAAAAGAUGUUUACACCUUGUUGUUAUGCAGUCUUCAUAUUCAGAUAAGCUGUUUUUUUUUCUGUGUCUCCGCUGUGUUCCUGCCACACAAUGAAGAAGACAAUAAACACUUUUCUUUGUA